CCGCGCGGUGAACCGCAUCGCAUUUUACGGGGUCGGGCCGGGUCGGGGUCAGGGUUAGGGUUAGCUUGCUUUGCUUAAGGCGUGACUGCUGCGGGGGUCGGGGGGGGGAGGGAAGGAUAUAAAUCAGAGCUUUUUGUUGCUUCCAUUUCUGUUGGCUUUGUACGAAACUUCUGUCCCUGAUGCUGAAUUACAUGGGGACGUGUUCGUGCCAGUGCUGUGUCUGCAUGACGUUCCGCAUAAAGGGAUUUAUGCUAAAUGUUCGAAAUCCUCUCUCUUCCCGAAUCGCGCUUAAGUGCGUAUCCAAAAGAGGACAAAGUAAGGAAUGCAAAGUUUGGGAAUUUGAGGACAGAUGAGUCGGGAGUCAGUCCUCAGUCUCCGACGCUCGUGGGAACAGGCUUCAAAAACGACGUGCGCGGAACGAUCCGGAAUCCUCGGCCCGGGCCCGGCAAACGGCUGUCGCGUUACGCGCUCAAGCGUGUCGCCCGGGGGAGAUUAUGUGGCGCUAAUGCUGCCGACGCGCUUGUCGUCCAGCUGCGGGCUGAUUGAUCGCUCCACGUUGCGUCGGGGCCACGAAGUACGUUCCCUUUGAAUUCGACAAUUACGCGAAACGUAAACUUUGCAGUGAUUUAUGCGAGGCAGAGCUCUGAAACCAACUCGUUUCAAGUGGAAUUUCUGGACACGAAGUGGCACGAAAUGUCUUUAUAUACUUUCUGUGUGAAUCUCAUAUAAAUUUGCAUUACCUGCCUUGAAUGAGUUUAAUGUUACCGCCCAUUCGAUCUUUUCCCCCCAAAAGUCGGUGGUUAAUUUGCGCUCGGAAGGGUACUUUUUAAAUUGCUCGUAAUGACCGUACAAAACUGAAUAUAUUCUCCAUCUUAAAAGGAAUAAUUUGAGAAUUAAGUGGCAAUUUUCUAAUGCAUCAGCCGAACUUUUAAAUGGAUUUUAAAAGGUCUGACAUGAGAAUUGCGGUGGACUUUGUUGUGGAUGAAGGUUAAACUUUCUUCUUGCCGUUUCUUAAGGUGGUCGCUGUGUGAAACGGAGCUUCACCCGCGUGACCCGUACGGCUCAAAUGCCUCAGUGUGGGGCAUGGAGGUCCGGUCAGGGAGGGCCGGCCGGUCGGUCAGCUGUGGUUAUUCCAGUCUCGGAGCCACCUUCCCCUCUUAGAUUAACUCCUCGCCCUCAAGCUUCCUGCUCCGGCGGUCUAAUCUGCACGUACGAGGACCUGCAGGCCGGAUUUGACGUCCCAACUCGCUCGCAGCCUCGCUCUGCGGCGCUCGGGUGGUUUGACAAAGUUUCCGGAGGGCCGAGACCACUCGGAUUCAUACGGCCCGCGGCAUCUGCCUCUGGGACUCUAAAGGCCUCUUUAGACUUGCUGAAAACCAUCAAGCGUGGCUGUUUCGGAAGGAGCGGUGCAGCGGGUAGCGCCGGUGCCCAACAGCUUCUGGAUUCUGCGCUCGGAUCUGGGUUCAAAUCCAGCUCAGUCUGUGCAGUAUUACGUUGCCCUCGUGUGCAUGGGUCUCCUCCUACAGUCGAAGAGCACGCGUGGAAGAAGGCGAUGCAUCCCAGGAGCAAGGAGGGCAGCGAGUUCUUUGACAGCGGUGUGGAUGGGCUGACGGCCGACACCAGCUCCCCUUCGCAGGUCUCCAGCCUCCUCUGGUACCCGGGUGCAACGCAGCCCCCGCCGGCCCGCAGCGAGUCGGCCGGCGCCCUGCACGGAAACGACGCUUUGCGGCAGAACAUCUACGAGAACUUCAUGCGCGAGCUGGAGACGGGCAGCGGGGCGGAGCGGCGGGGCGCUUCCACGGAGACGGAGGAGACCAGCAGCGACUCGCUGGGCUCCCUGGAGCAGCUGGACCAGCUCUUCGAGAAGGAACAGGGUGUGGUGCGCAAGGCUGGCUGGCUCCUCUUCAAACCCCUCAUCACCCUGCACAAGGACCGGAAGCUGGAGCUGGUGCCCCGGCGCAAGUGGAAGCAGUACUGGGUCACGCUCAAAGGGUGCACGCUCCUGUUCUACGAGACGUACGGGAGGAGUCCCACGGAGCAGGAGCCCUCCCCGCGCUACGCGCUGCUUGCCGAGGACAGCGUGGUGCAGUCCGUCCCGGAGCACCCCAAGAAAGAGAACGUCUUUUGCCUGAGCAACGCCUACGGGGAUGUCUACCUCUUCCAGGCUACCAGCCAGACGGACCUGGAGAACUGGGUAACGGCGGUCCACUCGGCCAGCGCCUCGCUCUUCGCCAAGCGCCACGGCAAGGAGGACACGGUGCGCCUGCUGCGCAGCCAGACCCGGGGUCUCCUGCAGAAGAUCGACAUGGACAGCAAGAUGAAGAAGAUGGCCGAGCUACAGCUGUCUGUCGUCGGCGACCCCAAGAACCGCAAGGCCAUCGAGAAGCAGAUCCAGCAGUGGGAGCAGAACCUGGAGAAGUUCAACAUGGACCUGUUCCGCGUGCGCUGUUACCUGGCCAGUCUGCAAGGAGGCGAGCUGCCCAACCCCAAGAGUCUCCUGGCCACCGCCAGCCGGCCCUCCAAGGUGGCGCUGAGUCGCCUGGGCAUCUUCUCAGUGUCCUCCUUCCAUGCCCUUGUUUGCUCCCGUGACGAGGCCACCAUGCGGAGACGUUCGCUUUCAACCUCCCAGAACAUGCGGUGCAAGAGGGGGCUCUUCUCCUCCUCCCUCAAAGGCCUGGACAACUUGACCAAGCGGGGACGGGAGAAGAGACCGUCCGUGUCGCAGAUCUUCGAGACUAACGGUGGGGGACAGCCAAGUCAUCUGCCUCCUUGUAGCUCCGAGUUGGACGGCCUGGCAAACCACUGCUCUGUAGCGCCACCUGAAGGCAGCCGCUGGGACAGCAGCCCCGACACCGCGACCUGCGUGCACAUGCCGGACGCCCAAGCGAUCGCGGUGCAGAUCAGGCGGGACCACGCGGUGCUGGAUGUGCUGGCGCUCGCCUGCAAGGCGAGGCAGCUGGACCCCGGCCUACACGGCAUCCGUUUGCGGAGGAGCGCGGGCCGGAACGUGGAGGUGACCGCGGCGGGAGACGGCGAACUCGUCCGGGACCUGCUCUACGACGCGCUGGAGGUGUUCCCCCUCAACGUGCACGCGCUCCGCAUGGCCCGGCCCUCCAGCGACGUCGACUUCGGUUUUGCAGUCACGGGCCACGUGGACGGCUUCGGGAACAGCCGGAUCUUCGUGAGCGAGGUUCUCGCAGAUGGCCUGGCUUUCUCCGAAGGGCUGCGGCCGGGGGACGAGAUCCUGGUGCUCAACGGGAAGGAUGUGGCCGCCCUUGACUUGGGCCUGAUGCAGACGUUCUUCUGGGAGCAGACCCUCGAUCUGACCCUCAGGAGGGACGCCGCCGCAGACGAGCCGGGCACCCCGUGGCAAGACCCCUGCCCUCCCGUCCCCUUUCCCAACCAGUCGCAGCUCCUGGAGGAGUUCCUGGACCGUCACCACGGCACCCAGGUGUCCUCAGAUGUGUCAAACGUGCCCAGUGUCGUCAGCAGCUCGGUAGGACCCAGCCAGGAGGACGGUCAGCUCCAGGCCCAGCGGGAUCAGCGGACGGAGCUUCGCGGCCAGAGCGUCGAGACGGUGUGCACGCUGUACCAGACCUUCCAGGGCAGCUCCGACGCCUCCAUGGAGAGUCGCAAGGACUCCGGCGGGAGCGAUCCGGGCUCCGGGCCCCCGCGACCCUGCCCCCGCCACAUGCCCGCCGCCGAACGUCUGCGCAAAGUCAUCCAGGAGCUGGUGGACACAGAGAAGUCCUACGUCAAGGACCUCACUUGCCUGUUUGAGAUCUACCUGAAGCCACUGCAGAACGAGACAUUCCUCACCGUUGAUGAGAUGGAGAGCCUGUUCGGCAGUCUCCCAGAAAUGCUGGACUUCCAGAAGAUCUUCCUGCAGACCUUGGAGGAAAGGAUCGCCUCAUCCCCGGACUUCAGCACCCUCGAGACCCCUGUGGAGUUCAAGAAACUGCUCUUCUCCCUGGGCGCUCCCUUCCUCUACUACGCCGAUCACUUCAAGCUCUACAGCGGCUUCUGCGCCAACCACAUCAAGGUCCAGAAGGUCCUGGAGCGAGCAAAGACGGACCGGGCCUUUAAGGACUUCCUGGACGCUAAGAACCCGACGAAGCAGCACUCGUCCACCCUGGAGUCGUACCUGAUCAAGCCCGUGCAGAGGGUGCUCAAGUACCCGCUGCUGCUCAGGGAACUCGUGUCUCUGACGGACACGGACAGCGAGGAGCACUAUCACCUGACAGAGGCCCUGAAGGCCAUGGAGAAGGUAGCGAGUCACAUCAACGAGAUGCAGAAGAUCUACGAGGACUACGGCACGGUGUUCGACCAGCUGGUGGCCGAGCAGAGCGCCGUGGACAAGGAGGUCACAGAGAUCUCCAUGGGAGAGUUCCUCAUGCAUUCCACUGUGGUCUGGCUCAACCCGUUCCCUUCCAUGGGCCGCAUGAGAAAGGACCCCGAGCUGACCGUGUUUGCGUUCAAGAAAGCAGCGAUACUUGUGUACCGGGAGAGCAACAAGCUAAAGAAGAAGAUGACUACAACGCGCACGGCCUACUCCCAUGGGGACCUGGACCCGUUCAAGUUUCGAUGGCUCAUCCCCGUGUCUGCGCUGCAGGUCCGCAUGGGAAACGCAGCAGGAGCAGAAACGCACUGCAUGUGGGAGCUGAUUCACACCAAGUCGGAGCUUGAAGGACGCCCAGAGACUGUGUUCCAGCUCUGCAGCAGCUCACCCGAAAGCAAGGCCAACAUGGUCAAGGUGAUCCGCUCCAUCCUGCGGGAGAAUGUGCGGCGGAACAGGGAGGGCCUGAUGCCGCUGCGGAAAACCGUGCCAGAUUCAGCGCGAAUAGGUUCCUCCCGGGCUUCCUGGCUGUCCAGGCAGCCCACCCUUGACAUCCCACCCCACCUGGAUGCACCGAAAGGGAUGCCGCUGGACUCGGACGAGGGAAGCCUCAGUAGCGGCUACCCGGGAGAGGGUCUGACCGAACUGAAAACCCCGUCCUCCCAGGAACGGCCCCAUCAACCCCAGCAUCACCUGAGCCCCGAUGGCAGCGUCAAGGAGUCGGACAUCCUGAGCGAUGAGGAGGACCACCUGAGCGAGGCGCCCCGGCCUACAUCCCCCGCCAGCGCCAUCGAAGCCCAGUUCCAAAGGCUGAGGCUGGCAGAGGAAGAGGGGUCUGGUGAGGCAGCACCCUAUGUGCACCCCGAGAGCCUGGAGCCAGACACGCCACAGAGGCAGCCCCGACUGGGGCGUGCUCAUUUCUGUGCCGUGAAGCGGAAAAGCAACAGCUUCCGCCGGAGCCAAGGGGCGCUGCUGAGCAUGAAGCAGCACAGCCGCUCCCUGGACAGCCAGACGGACCCACCGAGCGUGGACCUGAAUGCCCUGCUGGAGAGGGAGUUCAGCGUGCAGAGCCUGACCUCAGUCGUCAACGAAGACUGCUUCUACGACGUGGCCGAGAAAGUCUCCAACAUGCCCGUCUCCCCCCUUCCUGGGAAUAAUCUGACCUAGCGCUCGUUUCAUUCCUCUCCUCAGACACAGUGGCUUUGUUCUGGAAGCCAAUCCAGAACGGGGCUGUAAAGACAGCGAGUGGCCGUUUAAUCCGAAAGGAAGCACUCCGAACUUAGAGGGACCUCGCCUUGCUCUAGUGUUGUGCACUAAGUACACAGUUUGCCUACAUUUUUUAAACAUUAUUUUUAACGUGUACAUUUGGUGUUUUUAAAGAGAAAAAAUUAUUUAUUGAUAGGUUAUUUUAUUUUAUUAUUGGUUUUGCGUAGAAGAAACAAGCCAUAGUUAAAGACUGAUUAAAUCCCCACCAUGACAGGAGAUAAAAUAUUUCUCAAUUGUAAGAAAUUUUUAAAAAGACUGAAUUCUAAAAUCCCAAGUGUAACUUUUUCUGAUCUACAUCACUGUUUAGUUGCCUCCUCAGAAAAGUGUUGUUUGAAGUAGAAUGAUUUAAACUGCAGUUCUGGGUAAGCUACCUACCUAAUGUGGGGAGACCCAAAAGCUUUCAUACUGUUUAAGGCUACGAUGUCCUCCCAGGUUUUAAAAUAUGUAUUCUCCCAGAAUGGCUGCACUGUAACUUAAUUUGAAUAUUUUAUAUUCUUACUUGACUAUGUACAGGUGAAAAAAUGUAAUUUGCAAUAAAGUGUCCAGUAUAUGAAGUUUGAAUCUGUGACCUGUUCUUCUUCAAACCCCAGUUAUAUAUACUGCAUUGCAAUGCACUGAUUUGAGUUUCAGUCCAGGAUCCAUUUAAAUCUGCCUCUCCCUUUUCCUGUCCACAGUGAGAGGAGACUAGACAAAGUCUGUAAUACAUCUGCCCAGAAGCAUUAAAUUCCAGCACUGGAAGACACUUUUUACAAUACAAGCUCAAUUACUACAGGUUUAUGCUUAAGCAAAAAUAAAAAAAC